AUGUUUGAGGACGUUCAACGUUCCUCUGAAGUGGUGCAGGAAUCCACUCUUACAGCUAGUCGAGAAAUUGAAUGCAGUGACACUAAUGUACGACAAGAUGUAGAAUGCCCACACAAGAACAAGAAGGGAUUAUUCAAAGUUGCAAGUUUGCGGAAAAAAGUGAAGAAUUUUAGGAAGAAGGUGGAAAUUAAUUAUUGCGAAGACUGUGCAAGGCUCGAUCCACCAGAGCAACGGCCAUCGGUAUGGAUAUGCGUCACUUGCAGUUUUUCGGGCUGCGAUGAAAAAAAUCACACUUUGAAUCACUUUAAAGCACUGCGUACUGGUACAGAACAUCCAUUUUUUUUUGCCGUGGAAGGCAAACAAUUCCGGUGCUUCAGCUGCGAAAAAAGAAUUGAUAUUGCUGGAGAAGAAAGUGGUUCAAUAAAAGCUUUCCUUAACGAUUAUAACUCUUUUGUAAAACCAAAGCUGAAAUUUGAUCCAUCAGAACCUCAGUCAAUGAAAAGUGGUAAUACGAAAAGAAAUUCUUCACUUGUUGGAGAAGUUGAUUCGAAAAAAAGUGAAAUUAGUAACGAAAAGUGUUUAACGGAAAAUAAAAUGAAAAAUAAUGAAAGGAAAACUUUGCUACCGGUGAAGGGCCUUGUUAAUCUUGGAAACACUUGUUUUUUUAAUUCGAUAACCCAGUGCCUUCUUCACACUCACACUCUUGCUGUGUACAUCAAUUUGGUUGGUAGAGAAGACAGCAUCGAACUCAUGCGGAAUGAAGUUUUAAUUGGCGACAAGCAAGUCCAGGUGCCGCAUGUAUAUUUAUCUUUGGAUUCAUUUGAUGGACCAUUAAAUAAUAUUUUCGCGAAUUUCAUACGCGAUUUCAAAGCUGGACUAGCUGUUCAUCCCUCUUCUUUAUUCAGCGAAAUAGCCAGGAAAGCGCCACGUUUUCGAGGGUGGGCGCAGCACGAUGCACACGAAUUAUUGCGGUAUUUAAUGGACGGUCUCCGAACUGAGGAAAUUAACCGGUAUAAGGAAGCUAUUUCGCGAUAUAUCAAAGUAGCUAAAAAUGGAAAUCCCAAGCUGACGGAUGGUGAACUCUCUUUACUGGCUAAGGGCAUGCUCAAAGCAUGUGGAAGACCGCUUAUUGAUGCUGUUUUUGGUGGUACACUCUUGCAGACAGUGAAAUGCUCAGACUGUGGUCAUCUUUCGAAGACUUAUGAAGAUUUUCUGGAUCUUUCUCUGCCACUUCCAUCGACAUCAGUCAAAACACUGUUUAAUGGAACCUGUAGAAUGCAUAAAUCUGCUUCACUGAGCUUAAGUAAAUAUCAGAAAAAAAAAGAAAAAACAAAUGCACGCAAAGGAAAAGUACGUCGAAAAUCUCAUGAAAUCAUUUCACAUAACGAUGAGACUAAUAAUACUGGAGAGCGACCCCAUCUUAACAAUGAUGUUAGCGAUGAAGACGUUCUUGAUGACGAUGAUGUUGAUGUAAAAAACCUGAACGGUAAUAUCUGUGAUGAAAUGAAUAAAAUGAAUAUGAAUACUGAACCAGAAGACUGCCUGCAAUUAUUAGAUGAUGGAGAAGCUGCAGAAGAUGAACCACGUUCAUUAGCGUCAUGUCUUCGAGCUUUUACAACGACAGAAGUUCUGUCGGCACCAAAUACUUAUGAAUGUGAAAAAUGUUGUGUUCCUUACAAUAAACAGCUUCGAAAUGGAAUGAAGAAAAGGACAGUUGAAGCUGAGAAGCGUUAUUUGAUCUACGAGCCACCUCCAGUUUUAACAUUACAUCUCAAACGGUUUGAACAGACACAUUCAAUGGGUGGUCGAUUGAUUACGCGCAAGGUUCCUGGACAAAUUUCUUUUCCAAAAAUUCUUGAUAUUGCACCUUUUUGCACGCAAAUAGCCAAGAGAAUCGAAAAAGGAUUUAAAAAAGUAUGUUAUUCAUUAUACGGUGUUGUAUCACAUUCUGGAGAUCUCUCAUCCGGUCAUUAUGUCGCAUUUAUCAAGAAUCGAUAUCCCUCAUCGCAAACAGAAAAAUUUUUCUAUGAAGCUGCAAAUCUUUCGCCACCGGAUUCAUUUACUACUUGUAGCGCUUCAGAAUUGAAAGAGGUAAUAGAGGGGCCAUGCGAUGGCCAGUGGUACCAUGCAAGUGAUAUGAAAGUAAGCUCCGUGUCGGAAUCGCGUGUGCUUGGUGCCGAAGCAUAUGUCCUUUUCUACGAGCGAAUCUUUUAA